ACACAUGUUUUAUUAUUUGCCAAAGCCCAAAACAUUGAACAAUAAUUAUUAUUAUAAUAACUUUUUAAUUAUAUUUUAACUUAAUUUAAAAUCUUGGUGUAUGAUUUUUAGUAAUAAUACUAUUAAAAAUGUUAAACGUGCGAUCAUUUUUAAGAAUAAACAUCGUAUCAAGGGUGCCAUCAAGUUUAUUCAUUCGAAAGCUUGCAAGCAAAACUACAGCUACACAGUUUUCCAGUGUUUUGCCAGAACCCAAAAUAAUUUCAGAUGAAGAUUUUAACAAGUUGAAAAGAACAUUUUCCUCGCCACGCAAUAUUAUUUCGAAUUAUUUCAAAAAUGCUGAACGCACAUUAGAUUUACAAACUGGAUUUCACUUUAGUUUCACAAAGAAGAAAGGCAUAUGGAACUGCCAAUUAAGUAUACAAUGGCCUAGUCCUAUUGUAUUUUCUAGUGCAGCCGCCACUAAAACUAAAGCUGCAGAAACUGUAUCAUUAAGAGCAAUUCAAUGGCUACAGGAAAUGGAUAAACUAGAUAGUAAAGGAAAGCCAAUUUUAGUGUCACAAAAACAACGCAUCGAUGUGGCUCAUUCACCAGUUACGUCAAUCGAUCUGGAUGAAAAAGAUGUAAAACUCAUAACAAAUUUGUUUCAAAAGUACAAUCAGGAAAUUUUACCUGUAAUAAAAAAAGAAAUUGAAGAAAUUGACGUUAAUGAGUUAACUGAAGAAGAGCCCUCUUUUGUGCUGCCCAAGUUUUCACAUUCUGAUUAUGUGACACGUAAUCAAAAGUUGUUUAAAAAAUCUAAACAAUUACCGGCAGAAGUAGUCAAGCUACCAAUUGAUGAUUAUAAAGAAACGAUUCUUGAUAUGGUUCAAAAAAAUCGAGUAACAAUAAUAAAAGGCGAACCAGGCUGUGGUAAAAGUACAAGAGUACCUAAUUUUAUAAUAGAUCAAUGGAGUCGAGAAAACAAAGGGGGUGAGUGUAAUAUUUAUGUUACACAACCGAGGCGAAUCAGUGCAAUUACACUUGCUCAACGAGUUGCUGAAGAACGAUUAGAAUCGUUAGGUGACGUUGUUGGUUAUCAAGUACGGUUAAGUCAAGUACUUCCUAAAACACCGGGAUCAGUAGUAUUUGCAUCUAGUGGUAUAUUACUUCAAAAAUUACAGCUUGAUCCCGGGCUUAAGGAAUUCUCACAUGUCAUCAUCGAUGAAGCGCACGAACAAGAUAUUAAUACUGAAAUACUGUUAAUGCUCACUAAAAAUGCGUUAGAACUAAAUACAAAUUUAAAGUUAAUCAUAAUGAGUGCUACACUAGAUGCACAACACUUUCAAAAAUACUUUGGGCGCUUUGCAGAAUCUAUCUCUAUACCAGGAGCUACAUAUCCUGUGAAAACACACUUUUUAUCUAAUCAAUUAUUCAAAGAAUUGGGUAUUAGUAAUAAUGAUUCAGUUGUUGAACAAAACGGUCAACCGUUUUGGAAUCCGUUCUUAGUAGCAAAAGUAAUCAAAUGGAUUGAUGCUAAAAAACCAUCUGGUGCUAUCUUGUGUUUUGUUUCAGGAUGGCAAGAUAUAAUGGAUAUUAGCAAAAUGCUGCAAAAAGGAUAUUCAAAUAAUUUAGAUAUAAAAUUUGCACAUUCUAAACUUACUCCUGAAAAACAAAUAGAAAUCAUGCAACCCGGAAGAGAUGGAAAACGCAAAGUAGUAUUAGCAACUAAUAUCGCAGAAACAAGCAUUACGAUAAACGAUAUAGUGUAUGUAAUCGACACUGGUAUGCAAAAUGUAUCUAGUUGGAGUGCAGAAAAAGGUAUGAAAUACUUGGAUCGUGGCUGGGUUUCGCAGGCUAAUGCUAGGCAAAGAAGAGGUCGAGCGGGAAGAACUCGACCAGGCGAAUGCUAUCAUUUAUAUACUUCAGAACGUUAUAACAAAUGCACAGAGUAUCCAGUGCCUGAGAUUCACUCAACUCCACUUGAACACACGAUUCUUAAUCUAAAAAUUCACAGUGAUAAAAAGGCUAGGCUAGUAUUAUCCAAGCUCUUGAAUCCGCCAGAUUUGGAAAACAUAAAUGGUGCGGUUUCAGAGUUAAAACUUCUUGGCGCAUUAGACAAUGACGAAGUGUUAACAGCACUAGGAAAACGGAUAGCAGCAUUUCCUUUUGACCCUUUCCUAUCAAAAGCACUAGUUAAUUCAAUAUUUUUCAAAUGUCUCGACCCAACAUUGACAAUUAUUACCUAUUUAUCAAGUAACGUUAAUAUAUUUAAAGAUGUAUCAGCAGUUGAUUCGCGAAUGAUAAAGAAUAAAUACUCUCCUAAUAGCGAUCACUUGGCUGUGGCUAAAAUGUUUUCUGAAUGGAACCAAAUUCAACGUGAAGAUAGAAGAGAAUCCACUGAUUUUUGUCGUAAAAAUUAUUUGUCCGAAGCUAGUCUAGUAUUAAUGUCUAGACUAAGGAAUUUAUUUGCACAGCAUUUGUUCAACAGUAUGUUAAUUGAUGACAAGAACUUAGACAACCUGAAUGUAUUAUCGGAGAUGUCAAAAGAUGAACUUUUACCAGCAGUGUUGAUUUCGGGUUUUGGAAAUUUAGUCUUUAAAAGAUUGUUUAUGAGACCAAAUGGCCGCAAGAGCUCGACUUAUGUCACCGAUGGUGGAAUAAAAGUUAUUAUGCAUUCAGAGUCUGUAAAUUAUAAUAGAAGUAAUGAAAAUGACUUACUUACCUAUUAUAGAGAAGGCAGGACUCUCGACAACGAUAUGGCCAUGUUAAAUAAAACCACAUCCGUUCAUCCAAUAAUUGCUGUUCUGUUUUUCACUGGUCAAGCAACGUUUAAGCAUGAUGGGCAAAAUAAUUGCAUAAUUUAUGUCAAAAAUAAGAAACGUAUCAAUAUUUCGUGUUCUAAAGGCGAUUGGCAAAAUUUAACUGCCCUCAGACAAGUUAUUUGGAAUCUGGUCGAUUACAUGAUGAAGACUUAUGGACACAAUGAAAUAAUGGAUGAAACAGACGAAACUAUUUUAAACUUUCGUGACUUGUUGUGUUCGGUUUUAUGUAAACUGGUUGAAAAAAAAAAUUAAUGUUUGUUAUAAAUUCUUAGAUGAUUGUUACCAAUUGGUGUGUAUAUUGCAGUUAUCGUUUAUACAAUUUGAGUAUAUUGUAUUGUUAACGAUUAUUAUUAAAAAAAAGUAAUUUCUAUUACUUCAUAAUAGACUGAUUAAUUAAUUUUAUAUGUGUUUGUA